AGAGCAAAUCUGGCCGAACCAGAUCAAAAUCAAAUUCGGAUUCCCAGUCCAGAAUUUUCUUAUUUUUAUAAUUAAUAAAGGAAGAGAGAAUUUUUCUUCCUUUCGUCGUCCGACCGACCGGACAUAGAGAAGCCAAGCAAACGCGAAGGUACGGAAACAGCGAGGCUUUGCCGACUACUAGGGUUUGCGCUCGCUCAUCUCUCCCGUCCCCGGGCGCCCCGCCGCGAUGCCGCAGUCCAUCCUGGUCGAUCGCGCGACCAGCGAGUCGCUCAUCGGGCCCGACUGGUCCCUCAACCUCGAGAUCUGUGACAUCCUCAACCACGACCCCUCACAAGCUAAAGAUGUAGUCAAGUCUAUCAAGAAGCGGAUUGGACACAAGAACUCGAAGAUCCAGCUCCUCGCACUAACACUGCUGGAGACGCUGAUUAAAAAUUGUGGAGAUUUUGUUCACAUGCAUGUUGCUGAGCGAGAUAUACUCCAUGAAAUGGUGAAGAUUGUUAAGAAAAAGCCUGAUUAUCAUGUAAAAGAGAAGAUACUCAUUUUGAUUGACACCUGGCAAGAAGCUUUUGGUGGUGCUCGUGCAAGAUAUCCACAAUAUUAUGCGGCAUAUCAAGAACUGCUGCGUGCUGGAGCCGUAUUUCCUCAAAGGUCAGAGAGUUCUGUGCCAAUCUAUACUCCACCACAAACUCAACCUCUACAGAACUACCCUCCUCCUGCUUUACGUAAUACUGACUAUCGGCAAGAGGCACCCGAAUCAUCUUCAGUGCCAGAAGUAUCUACAUUAAGUGUGACAGAAAUUCAGAAUGCAAGUGGUGUCAUGGAUGUUCUCUCAGAGAUGUUAAAUGCUAUUGAUCCUGGUAACAGAGAGGGUCUAAGGCAGGAGGUCAUUGUGGACCUUGUGGACCAAUGUCGUUCUUACAAGCAGAGAGUGGUUCAGCUCGUCAACACGACCUCCGAUGAAGAGCUGCUAAGCCAGGGCCUUUCAUUGAAUGACGAUUUGCAGCGUGUUCUAGCAAAACAUGAUGCAAUUGCUGCAGGCAUAGCUGUUCGGGUAGAAAAGCCAAAACCACCACAGGCCCCUGCGAAUAGUUCCCCACCAGCAAAGCCAGAGGGGCCAAAGGAGCCAAUUCAAAGGUCUUCUGAAGCUGUUGGUAAGGUUUCUCCAUUUGAGCAAUUAGCACUUCCUGCUCCUCCAUCAUCCAGCACCUCAAAGCCUCCUGGAGAAGCAUCCGUUGGCCCGAGUAUUGACCUACUGAGUGGAGAUGAUUAUUUCAAGCCAGAACCUGUGAAUUCUCAAGCCCUUGUUCCUGUUGGUAAUUCCCCUGCAGCUUCUGCUUCGGGCCACAAUACCUUAGAUCUUGUAGACAUGUUUUCGCAAGGCGAUGCUAGCAAUAACAAUCACAACCCCGUUAUAUCGUCCCCAAUAUUAAACUCAAAUCCUAAUCUCUCGUCACCACAAGCAUAUCCCGCUCCACAGCAUCCUGUUCCACCACAGCAGUCUUCAUUUUCCAACGGGUUGACUUCCAAUACAAUCCCAACUUAUGGUCAAAGUUCUGAGCUAAACUCAGCAAGUUCGUGGAAUGGGCAGCUUGCUCAAGGAAUGAACCAACCACAGCAGGCACCAAAUUAUGGUCAAGAUGAUCAAAGCAGCGACCUCCCACCACCACCCUGGGAAACUCAGCCUGCAGAAAGCGAUCAGUUCGGAGGCAUUCCACCCCAACCUGUUCAAGUUGUUCAGCCUGGGCAAGUUGCACUGUCGCAACCAUUGCUGACUGGACAACCAGGCGGAAUGCAGUUCCCACCAGGAUAUGUGGAGCAGCCUGGGGCUCAACAUCCGCAACCCAUGCCUAACGCGCAAUAUGGGGGCAUGUAUCCUGCAAUGCAAGGCAACCAAGCAGGCGGCAUGUAUCCCCAACAGAUGGCAGGAGAUAUCUACCAGCAACAGAUGUAUGGUGGGCAGAUGGCGGCCGGCUAUGGCUAUGGUCAGCAGCCUGGAGGCUACUAUGUCCCAAAUGCUGCAUACGGGUAUCCCGGUGCAAACGAGCUUUCUCAGAGAAUGAACGGACUUGCCAUGCAAAACAACGGUUUGUAUAGCACACCCGCGUCUUCUUCCCUUCAUCAAGCUAAUAGGCCAGCAAGACCAGAAGAUUCACUUUUUGGUGAUCUGGUCAGCAUUGCCAAAACAAAGCCUAGCAAAACUGCAGCUAAUAAGGCUGGUCGCUUGUAAAGAUGAAUGGAAUCCUUGUUAGUACCAUUUCUGUCACAGCGAUAGCUUCUGCUCAUAGUACAUAAGUUAUUUGGGAAGUUCCCCUAUUGGGGAGUAGUAGGUGAGUUAUAGAUUUUGAAAUUCAAUAGCAAGUGUGGUUCGGUAUAAUUAUUUUGUUUACUUGGGAGCCAUUAUAUUUUGUUCACUUGCAAGCGCAGGGCUCUCAUGAAUCAUCAGAAAUUCUUUUGUACAUACAGUCGGUUUCUUUUGUGUA